AGACUCGCUGAGGAUGAGUCUCGUGUCGGGAGUGCUGUGAGUGUGUUUUGGACGUUUGGUACAGCGAGAUAUCGUCGAAUAGUGGCCAAAGUGGCUGCGAACAUAUUGACGAGACGAGACAUCGGGAUUGCUGAACCUCGGCGCCUUCGUACGUUACAGCAAUAAGAAAUUCUUGUACUGUCAUUCACGCUUUCGAGAGUCUCGCGUGCGACUCGUCGUCGUCAGCUGUGCUAGAGACAAGUCUCGUGUCUGUCGUGACGAGAUAUCGCGUCCAGCCGGUAAUGGACAUCGCGAAACAGGACGCCGAAAGUACCGAGCGAAGUGCUCCGCGUAUUGCUGUUUCGAGAAUCGCAAUCGUCGCACUAUGGCGACAGUUCCGGAACUGGUCACGACACGAUAGUUUGUGCUCGAGAAGCUGUGCUGUAUCUCACGCGAUUUUCACUCGCUGAAGUUGAGUCUCGCGCGCGGUUUAUCGUCAGGAGUGCCGAAAGCAAGUCCCGUGCGUUCGGAGUGACAAGCCGUGGAAGAUCGCGGUAUGGACUACCAAGAAUGCCGGUUUGCAGUCUUGUACUCUUCGCCUAAGUGAUUACGGUCGGGAUGGAGUUCAAACCGUUGCGUUCUGUUGUGGAGCCUCCGAAGGGAAAAUUGACACACGUUGCCGUCGCGAACUGUUACGGACGAGCGCCAUCGCGAGAGGAAGAAGCCACCCUGUGUUAUUGUUUACGAGCUGGUCGUGGUGCAUCGUACGUAGAGAAGCAUCGCGCGGUGGCAGCAUGGAGAUGGCAAUGUGCAUCGUGGAGAACGAGACGGAGGGAUCUCGCGGUGAUCGGAAAGAGGGGGGCAAAAGGGGACGCAAGCCUGGAAGGAAGGCGGCGGACAGGGCCGAUAUGAAAGCUAAGCUUGAACGAAGCCGGCAGAGUGCGAGGGAGUGCCGUGCUCGGAAGAAACUGAGAUACCAGUACCUGGAGGAGCUCGUGGCCGACAGAGAGAAGGCGGUGCUCGCUUUGCGGAAGGAACUUGAAAUGUAUCGUCAGUGGGGACACGAAUUGGACGCCGGGCGAUUCCCCGAGGGACUGCAGGCGUUGCUGGAGGAGCAGGGCGCGCUGAAGCGGGAGGAGUCCGGCAACUAAGCGGCGGAAGGAGAGGAAUAAGGAAGUCACGCGGAUCGCGCCGUUUCAUUUGUCUUGUUCCGCGAUCGAAUCCUCUUCCUCUCUCCCCUCGCCCCCCUCCUGUCGUCCCAUAGUCUGGCUUACGUUCCAUCUUUUCUCUUCCACUCUUUCUCCUUGUCACACCGCGGUGUCCUUUUAAAGACGAAUAUUCGACUGUCGAGUUCCGAAUUCACCUUCACUUCACGUCACGUCACGUCACGUCACGUCACGUAACUCGACUCGAUCUUUCUUGAGAACCCCAAGGAUAGGAUCUUCUAUUAUCAUUUCUUCGAACUCUUCACUUGUGCGUCUAACUUUUAGUAAUCGUUACCUCAUGUGCGUUAAAGUGCUUUCCUCCUAUAUGCGUUUUGUUAAUUGCGAGUCGUUACGUUGAUCUUCUUUUUAUUGCCGUUGUUUAAACAACCUCAGUGGAUCGAAUCAAUCGGGCGGUAGGUUUUCGUUUGUACCUCCGUUGCACGAUUGUUACGGUGCGAGAAAGUAACUGUAUAUAUAUAUACACAUGUAUACACACGCGCACACACACACACACACACACACACACACACACACACACACACACACACAUAUACACACAUAUAUAUAUAUAUAUAACUGUUACAUGCCUCAGAAGGGAGAAUGAUCGUUGUGUAUCAUAGAGUCUAUAUUCAGUAUUGUCUGUUUGAAAAGAGCGUCGUUACGUGGAAGCUCGUCGUUGACCGUUAGCCGAUUCGUCUUAAAUUUACCGACACACGGUACUCCUGUAGCAUAAAAGAAUCAACGUUUUGUACGAAUUAUUGCCGAGAUAGUUUAUUCGUACAUGUGUACAAAAUAGUCGAAGAUAAAGCCGAUAUUUUUUGAUGAACACUA